GCUAGAUGGCGAUGUAUCCCACGCUUCCACGUGAUCUGCUGGAACCAGGAAAUGGUGGAACCAGGAAGUGGGAGCUGCUGUACAAUAGACGGAUAUCAUCCCUAAUAUCUCUGGCAGGGAACCAGGAAUAUUCACGGUACAUAGCCAUGUGUAUGGGAAGUGGGCUCUGGGUGUGUGUAUAUUAUUACAAGUGUCAGUGUCCAUGUUGUGACAAGUGGCCCAUACAAUAUCAUCACUGCUAGCAAGGUGCUUCAUUCAGCAGGCUUGUCUAGUUACAUUGCAUUCAGGUCUGUUUUAUUUCCUGGUUGAUGCCAAUAAUGUUCAUGUGGUGAAAGCUAGAGGACCUUCACUGUAAGAUUCUUAUACUUAGUUGGGUAUUAUAAUAUCUGCUGCUAGGGACAGUCAAGUUAACACAACCUUGCAUCCUUUAGUUAUACUUUUAAGUCAUUCAUGUAUCUCCCCUCCACCCCUAAAUAGAUUUUGGGGGGUGGAGAUAAUGCUGUUGUUAGGAAGAGUUGUUGUCAUAAUAUACUAAUAUAAGUUAACUGUUGUCUUUAUUACUACCAAUAAAUGAUUAAAUGUAUUAUAGCAUUUUUGUUUAUAGUAUUGCUACCAAUGGAAACCAAAAUAUAUACUAGGAAAAUAUCAAGCUCCCCUCCAUUAAAGUAACACUAUAGUCACCAGAAACAGCUAGUAAUGUAGUAGUUCUGGUGUGUAUAGUCUGUCCUUGCAGGCUUUUCAAUGUAACACCUCCGGUGGUAGUCAGGUGCUUCCUGGGUCAGUGCUGUGAAGUUUUGCGUCUCCACGCUCUGCAUGGAGCUUAAAGCAAAGGUCCCGCAUGGCACUAGGAUUUACACCUUUUUAACCGGGGAUCUAAAUGGUGGUUUCAAAACUACAGUGUCAAGAAUACAUGUUUGCAUUCCUGACACUAUAGUGUUCCUUUAAUAUUGCAUACACAAUAUAACCUAUCUCUCUCUCUCUCACCCCCCCCAUACAUACAUACACACACCCCCAUGAUAAUAUGUAUGUGUGUAUUUUGUGAAAGCAUGUUUAUAGAAGCUUAUUUGUAUUUGUGUGCAGAAUCAGUGUGAAUGCAGUUUAAGUAUGGUUGACUGCAAGGAUACAUUACAGUGCAUUGCAAUGUGCUGUGAUUAAGUGGAUGUUUUGUACUGUGUACAUGCAGGAAUGUAUUUGUACAAAGGUUUAGGGUUAGUGAAUGCAGUUAUCUAUUUGUGCUUAGGCUUCAGUUCACUAAGCUUUCCAAAUGAUUCAAUAUUCUUACAAAUAUUCCCGUAGACUUUAAUCGUGAUUUCUAUAGGUAAAUCAUUUGAAUACAUUUCUAACUGUAUUGAAUAAUUUGGAAAGCUUAUUACAUCGAGGCCUUAAUGUCUGUGUGUGCUAAUGCAAACGUAUGUGUAUCAGUAUGGACUACCUGAUUCUUAUCCUCACAGGAUUCUUGUCUCCACAAUUCUCCUAGCUUACAACUCUUUCCUCCUUUGACUCCCCCACCCCCCUGCAUAAGUAGCCAGGUUAGGUCAGUAUAAAGAACGUAAAAAGGUAUUUUAUGUAAACAUUACAAAAUAAUAUAAAAAGACGCUAUAUUACAUGUAAUCUUUUAUUUCCAGGAAUAAUAAUAAAAGGCAGUAUUCGUUUUAAGAAAACUUUAUCAUGUUAAAUUAUUUGUAAAACAAAAUUUGGCUUUAUUUAUAUGGUUUUUGUUAAUGCAUAUAUAUAUGCAUUGCAUAUAUAGGUAUGUCAUUGCAACUUAAAUGCACAGCCAGGCGAAGGAGAGUAAUCUUCCAUAGGGAAAGAGCUGCUCCCACCUAUAUAUAUAUCUUUGUGGUCGUAUACAAUAAGCCGAGUUAUAGUAAUGGUAUAAGUCGUUUGUGGUGUGCCAACCGACAUUAAGGUAGGCCUCUAAAAGAGAGCCCACCAAGAUGAAUAGCUUAACAAAGGGAGUGGUGGGUGGUCGCAUUCAGGCAGUCUCAACCCAGAGGAAGGGGAGGUCUGUGUAUUUAUAGGCCGUGUAACUCCUCCCACAACUUCCCAUUUGUGGUUGUAUACAAUAAGCUGAGUUAUAGUAAUGGUGUAAGUCGGUUGUGGUGUGCCGGAACCGACUUUCGAGUAGGCCUGUAAAAGAGGGCAAAAAGUUUAACAGUGUAACAUUGAAUACGUGUUGACAUUACAUAACCAAUACUUAAAUGCAUGUCUCAAUUCCCUCUCAGAUUGAGAAAUGUAUAUGGCAUAUGAAGAUGACUCUACUGUCCUAGCCAUUAGAUGAUGUGUACUGGAAUAUUACUAGAGGUAGUAGGAGCAGUGCGUAUUCUUUUAGAAUGACCUAAAAAUGUUAAUGGUUGUAUUCGAGUAACUUUAAGUGUUGUGAGCUAGUUAAAGGUUGUGAAAGCCGCCAUGGAAUUGAAUGAGUAUGGUUUGACGAUUUGAUAUGCGGAAGUGAGUUUAUUGAAAAUGGCCAGAGCCCAGCAUAUGAACAGGUGACAUUGGCAGAGAGUGUUGCUUGUGCCAGCAGUUAAAUCCUGGAAUGUAGGGGUUUGGUAGGUUGUUUGGCCACCGUGGGGAGAGUUCGGAAGAAUAUGAAAAAUUGUGAUCGAGUCACCUCCUCGGUUGCUAUGUUUUGCCAGCCUGGUAUAGGUAUGUGAACAGAGUAGAGUUUCUGUGAUGCUGUCAGCCGGAUCUCUUCCUAAUCAAACUUAUUAUUGUUAGUGAGGGGGACUGACCGGUAAUAAUUCCCAUGCUGCUGAUUUAAUAAAAGAGAGGGUAGGUUCUGUGUCAUUACGGGAAAUGUGUCACAGACCCAGUUAACUAUGAAAUUGGCUGCCAUCCAGUGGGGGCAACAGUAUUGGUCCAGAAAUGAUGGACAAUGAUGGAGUGAACAUGGUUUCCCUGUUCUGGUGGGAUAGAAAGUUUAGCGACAUAAACAGGACUGCUCAAGCAUGUGUCGAAUGUAACAGCGCUAUUGUUGACAGGUGAACCUGGGAUCAUGUUGAGUGGAUGGGAAAUUAAUGAGGUCCCUUGUGUAAGGUGCAUGGUAAAGUUCAGAGGACCAAGGAGAGACUGGAGAUCCAUAUGGGAAACAGGCAUCGUUGCUCAGAAAGUAUUUCCAUAAAUUAAAAUAGGUGUAGGGGCCAAAGGUUGAUCAAGACAGUGGAGUUCCAAAGGAUGUAGCAGAUACAAAAGACACAACUGCUUCAGAGUAUGACAUUUGGUUCCAUAAUCGUUACAAUCAUGUAAAGAAUGUAUUACUGAGGGACAGUACUGACAUACAAGAGGAGCCUAUAGAGAGAUUAUGCAACUAUAUGGAAUAGUAUGGGCAUCUCUCCGCUCCAAACGUAAGACGGAUGGCAAAGUAGAAUGCUCAGUUCACUAAAUAUUGUGCAAAUGCCACUGGGAGCAACUUGAAAAUGAGGAAUAUUCAUUUUCCUAGUCGGCCUGCUUCUGUGGCCCUUAGGAUAGGCCAAAUACCAUGGCCAAAUGCUGGGAACUUUAAAGAACGAGUAGCCGAUAAUAAAAUUGAGCAGUGGAUUCCCAUUCAUUAGGCUAAUAUGGCAGGUGCACCCUUAGAUAAAGAGGUUGUCAGAAGGACCCCAGAAAGAAACCAAUACUUGAUCCUGCCACUAAUAGUAAUUAAGUUGAAUGGGUCUUAACUAGUAGAUUAGAGAUUAGGACAAACCCUAAUACCUGAUCAAAGUGAAAUGAUGCCUGUGCGGAAACUUACUGUGAAAUCUGUAAUUAGAAACUUAACUAGUGGAGGGCAAGUGUGAGUAUUAAGGGAGACGCCUCUUAAUGACAAAAGGCGAGUACAAAUACAGAACAAUCAGAUUGUACCGUCUGUGUUCCCUAGUUUGAACUACUGACAAGUCUCGUAGCUAUAUCCAUCCAAAGGACAGGGGAACUUACUGUACAGAUAAUAACAUUAGACGAGGAAACAUGUGCUGGAUAGCAACUGGCGGUGUAAUGUUGAGGGGAUGGAAGUAAGGAGCAUGACGUAGGGUAAGACUUUCACAGUCAAGAGAUUCUAAGCAUCACUAGUGUCAAUAGUUGUUCAUAAGGAUUAAAGGAUGGGAGCCAUCAUGGACUACAUCCCUAUCAUGCUGUCUGUAUUUCCAGCUUGGGUGCCGACAGAGCUAAAAACUGGGGCCUAUACAGCAUGUCGAAGCUCGGCGGUAAAAGUGAAAUGGUACAAGUUCACCAGGAACUGGGGCUGGAAUAUCCUGGGUUACGGCUGGACUACAUGGACUAGGUGGGGUGAAGAGUUUGGCUGGGGAGCAUUGCUUGAAAUAUCUUACUAGUUCUGAGGUGAGCAACAUCUACAUGUAGAGUAAAUGUGACAGCCAUGUAGGUGAUAGUAUAACAACUGGCAGUUUGCAUUGUGUCAAAUGGCAAAAGAUUGGCUAAAUGAGAGAAAGGUGAGGUACUAAUUGCCAAGUGGCUCUGAGAGGCUCUAGCUAUAAAUUGGCUGAGGGACUGAGGCCACCGAAUAAUGUGGCGGGAAUGUUGGCCUCUUGGUGACAAGAGAUUCAAAGGAGUGGCCGUGACAUGUGAGGCCCUAUCUAAAAACUAGAGAGGCAGGAGCAAGGCUCUAGCUAUGAGUUGGGCUGAUGGACAAAUACCUCCGCAUGAGGAUGGGUGUAGGCCUUGCAUGACUGAAUUACAAAUAUACAAUAAUAUGGCAUACACCAAUACUCUUAACAUCAAGUUGAUCUAUCCCUAAGGAAUGUAGGGGAAUAGAAACGUAAUGAAUUUAGGGAAAGUAUGUUGGAAUCUACGUAUCCUGCACAACUAGUCUGUGGUUGAGCUUGAGAAAGGAAUAUCAUAGAGACACAAACCUAAAGACACAAUGGGAACAUUAAUGGAAAUAUGUCCAGUUUGGUGUAAGAGCUUAUUAAGGUAAGGAUAUAAAGUAUCUGGUUGUGGUUAAGGAUUAAAACAUUAACAGGAUAAGUGUGGAUAGUAGAAACCUAGAUAAUAAUAGAACUUAUGAUUGUCAAUAUGGAUAUGAAAGAGAUACCUAAUAGUGCUGUGUCUAAUUAUGAGUUCCCACUGUGGGUCCUUCAACAAGAAGGACCUGAAGUAUGUAUAAGAAAGAUCGGAACCUCUCUAGUUUACUAGCGGGAAGCUACAUAUGUAAGAUCUUGUAAGUGCCUGUGACAGGAGUUGUGGAUUACACAAUGCUUAGGUAAAACCAUGACAGACCGAAGAGGCCUAGUUGUGGUUAAAUGUGUAAUGAUGGGUUCUUGGUUCUCAGGAGUGCAGAGAGAGUGUCGUAAAAGAAGGAAUUGUGUGGGAAUAACAAGGCUGACAGGAAUCGUCAACUAUAGUAUAACAGGGUUGUAGUUGACCCUUGUAAAGCUGGAAAUGUAUGUAAUUGCAGAAAUUGUCGUAGUAAAUUGCCCACAGAGGGCUGAAUGUAAUGGAGUGAAGUCCUAGUGAGGGCCGCGUGUAAUGGUAUUGCAGUGGAAGGCCAAUAUUACUAAAUAUAAGUCUCAAGCUGCCGGGUGUAUAAUAGGGAUGUGCAUGGGCAAAAAAUUUGGUUUGGUUCGGGACUUCGGUUCGGUGCGGCACUUCCGGAAUUCGGGAUUUCCCUGACCCUAAUACUAACCCUACCCCUUACCCUAACCACAACAACCACUUACACAUCUAGGGUUAGGGUGGGGUUAGAUUCCUGUUAUCAUUACCGUAAUUUUCCCUCCCUCUCCUGUUUUGCCACUUUUCAGAAAUCCAAAGCACUUCGAAAUUAGGCAAUUUGGUUCUGUUCGACACUUCCGAAAUUCGGCUAUUCAGAUUUUCUAAAGCAUCCGAAUGUCCAAAUUGCCAAAAUUCGGACGAAUUUACAUUCGUAACGAAACAAAUUGCACAUGUCUAGAGUAUAAUAGGGUGUAUGUAAAGUAAUGAUCAUGGCAUGAACAAAUGUAGAGGGUAACAUCCUGAAUGUGGUGUGUGAGUUCCAGGAGCUAGCUAACCUAAAUGGCUUUAGUACUAAAGCAGUGAUGCUUUAAUAAAACAGAACAUAGAGGUAAAGUGGUAAAAAGCGGUGGUGGAUAAUGAUAAAAUUAAUAAAAUAUAACAAUUGAAAAAUGUAUAAAUAGGACUGGGCUGAAGUGCAGCAAGUGUAUAUGGUGUGUAUAUCUUUAAAUCUGCUAUAGGCAGAAUAAAUUAAAAUCGCCAUAUCUGAAUAAGGGCAGAAUACGGACUGAACUGCGAAUGCCUCCCUAGUUAGUGAAAAGCUGAACAUGGGGCCAAUACAUGUUGAAUGUAAGGAUGUAAGGAACAGAGUGGCCCAACGCGGGCUGGAUGAACAAGCUUACGGUUUUGUUGUAAUAUACGCACAAACAGCAACAGGAAAAGUGCCCCAUGAGCUUCGAAGAAGGUGGCUGUUUUUUUUACUAGAGUGAAGUAAAAUGAACACUUGCGUGGUCCACACUAGGCCAAGACCAGCUUAUUUGGAGUUUAGGCAGAUUGUGUUGAUGACCUUCAAACCAGAAGUAGAUGGAUCUGUACCGAACCAGACAGUCUCAGCCCAGAGGCAGGAGAGGUCUGUGUAUUUUUAGGCAGGGUAACUCCUCCCUCAGCCUUCCCAAAUAUAUAAUAUUUAUAUAGAUAGAUAUAGAUAUGCUUUCUAGCUGUGACCUUCUAGUGUUUUCUUCCUGAGAGCUACAAUUUUUAGUGGUCCUCGAUUGGGAGCAGUUCUUUCCCUAUGGAAGAUCUCUCUCUUUUGCCUGGCUGUGCAUUCACAUUGCAAUGACUUACCCCAUCAUCACUUGGCGAGCGUGUGCUUUUGUUUCCUUGUGAGCCAUAGCAUCAGAGAGAACUGCACAAGCUUCUAUUGCGCAAACAAACACAUCCUUGCCUGCAGUGAUAGCUAAUGCCAUUGCAAUGUUAAUGUGCUUUACUUUGGGUGCCACUUAGCACAGUGGGAAGCCAAGACCUACUCUACAAAUCCAAAAUUCUGGGUGGGUGUUGAUGUGGCAUCCACUCUGCAGCCUUUUCAUAUUGUCAGUAAUUGACACUGAAAAUGUUAAUUAAAUUCCAAGAUGAUCAUCUACACACAGAAAAGAUGCUAUCAGAUAUUGUAGUACUGGAGAACAUAUAUGGUAGAUCAGUCAUUUUGAAAUAAUAUUGAUUUAUUUACAAUUUCCUGCAUAACACCCAUGUCCAGGAUUCUUUACAGACAGUAAUAAUACAGUUACAACUUAUACUGAUACUACAAUGGAACACAUAAAACAUUUAUACAUAAUGAAAAAUUCUUAAAAACAUAUAAGCCAGUCUGAUGCUGCUAGGUGGAUAAUAAUGGGAUGAAGUAAUUGAGUUUAAUGAGUUGAACGGAUAGGGAAUAGUACAUUGACUUAUUUAUGAGGACUCGAAUAAGCUUUUUUUUUCUACAAUAGAAACAUAGAAUGUGACGGCAGAUAAGAACCAUUCGACCCAUCUAGUCUACCCAAUUUUCUAAAUACUUUCACUAGUCCCUGGCCUUAUCUCAUAGUUAGGAUAGACAUAUGUCUAUCCCACGCAUGCUUAAACUCCUUCACUGUGUUAACCUCUACCACUUCAACUUGAAAGAUAUUCCAUGCAUCCACUACCCUCUCAGUAAAGUGAUACUUCCUGAUAUUAUUUUUAAACCUUUGCCCCUCAAAUUUAAGACUAUUUCCUCUUGUUGUGGUAGUUUUUCGUCUCCUCUUUUACUGUGUUGAUUCCCUUUAUGUAUUUAAAUGUUUCUAUCAUAUCCCCCUGUCUCGUCUUUCCUCCAAGCUAUACAUGUUAAGAUCCUUUAACCUUUCCUGGUAAGUUUUAUCCUGCAAUCCAUGAACCAGUUUAGUAGCCCUUCUCUGAACUCUCUCAAUUGUUUGUGAAUGUUUGAGAGAGACUGGUGAUUGGGAGUCAAGUUUGUUCUGGUAGUGGUGGUUAUAUUUUUUUCCAACAAAAGACUGAACAGUAAAAGAUGACCACAUGAAUAAUGCAAUAACAAAGUAGUAUAGUAAAUACAGUUAAAACAGUAAAUCCAGAUAAGUGGUUGACCAAGAUAUAAUUAAUGUGGACUGCCCAACACCAUAAGAUGAGCGACUUAGAAUAAAUGAAUUCUAAAAACAAAGGGGGGGAGGGGAAGUGCUUCUGUUGUAAAAAUGUGGUAUGAAUACGAAUUAAAAUACAGAUAUAGCUUUAAUAUAUAAGAACACAGACUAAAUACAAUCAAACUCCAAAAGGACAACCUCUUACUGUGAGAAUACGAUCUAGCUCUACAUAAGGCCUGUGAGACUAUAAUGCCAUAGGUAACAACCAUAGUCACAGUGUACCCAAUGUAUAAAAGUAACAAAAAAGUUAGAGAUUUUAUUUAAACCAUGGAUAAAAAACAUAGACACAAACUCUACACUAUAUAAUAAAAAUAGAUAUAAGUGGAAAUCCCUUAUAAAAAAGGGGAAUUAAUUACUUAACAGAGAAAAGUAUAAAUAUGAAAAAUGGCGUAUAAUCACAGUAAUUGUAUCUCAGAACCUAUAAAAUCACCCAGCAUAAGAUAAUAUAUAAAACAUACAAUAAUGCAUAUAACAAAAAAGUACUUAUCUGUAGGUGGCCCCUUCAACGCGUUAAAAAUUAUGUAGUUAGUCAAUGGGGAUUCCAGAGGUCCAGAUGCCCAGCGAGCUCAACCCCAACUCACAGAGUGCUCAUGUCUGUGUCCACUCGAACAGCAGGCUGUGUUGUUUCUGUGUUCUGUGAUACUCAGCCUCGAUGGGGGAGCACAACCAGCUGGAGACACGAGCCGGUAACUUCAGAAAAGGUUGUGGCUGCCUUGUAGGAGUGGAUCAAGCGUCCGGGCGCGAUCAAACAGAUGGACCAGAAAUCCACGUGUUUUGUCUCUGUAUGAGACUUUAUCAAGACCGUGUGUGUGUGUGUGUGUGUGUGAAGGGUGCAGUUUGUGUGACAGGUGCAUAGGGUCUAUGCUGUGUGUAGGUGGGUGAGGUGUAAAAACUUAUCUUAAAGUCUCCCCCUCCCUUCUUCUUACCUUUUACCAUGGAGGGGGGAAAUUAUACUGCAAUCCCUUGUGGUCCAUUGGUGGCAUGUUCACUUUAGCCUGCAGCUCCUCCAGGUGCUUGUUGACUCUCCUGUUCUCCUGCGAGCACAGCACUGUAUUAGAGCAUUGCCAUGGUAACGCACGGCAAUGCUCUAACCAGUCUGCUUGCGGGAGGAACACAGAGCCUCCCAUGCCCUUCCCUCCCUCUGCUGUAACCUAAGUGUCUGCGGGCCGGUAAGGGAGAUCUUUGAUCUCCUCACCAGUCCAAGAGGACUUACAGCAAGGUUGACUCUGCCUGGGCCGACAGGGGAGAGGAAAGGAUCUACACUGCCGGACUUGGUCCACAGCCAUUGAGGCCCACGGGGCGUUUUCUGCUAAAUUACAUUUCAUUUGAUACAUUAGCAGGAAGUCACCUAAAAUUUAUCAGAACAGCCUCGCACCUGGCCACACCCCUCUCAUACUCCUAAAACUAACAUGUCUCUCUUUGUUCAUUUGAUAAUUUGUACAGGGGCAUUUUAGUAUGUUGGGUCAGUGUGAACGCCUGUGUGGAUUUUGACUUUUAUCCAUGUCAUUGGUCUCUACUCCACAUGAAACUUGCCAUCCGCAUGUUAUUAAUGCUCCUUUCCACCAGAUGUCAAUAUCCCUUAUAAUGCCACUAUUCCGCCCCCACCCUGACAUGUUUGAGUGUGUUGUGUGUUGUUGUGAGCAUUUUAGCAACUCUGUAAUGUAUGAGAGCCUCUAGAAUGAUGAGUUUGGAUCCCAACUGAUUUGGUCCUGAUCCUCGCAAAUGUUUCAAGUGGUGCUUUAUCACAUGGAUUUAGGGGAGCAAAAAGGGAGUCAGCUCUGAGCCUGCUAUUUUUUGCCGCAUUCAUAAAUCUAAAUUAAAAAACAAACAAAUUUAAGACUAAAAAAUCAAUACAUUUUGAGCCAGUUCAUAACUUCAAACACAGACAAAUUCCUAUUGUGCCUUUAGCUAAUUUGAUAUCGUUGUCAAAUGUUUUUGUUUUUUACUUGAAUUUUGUGAUUCAGAUCCAAAUUUUCAGCUUAGUAUAUUACACCCAAAGUAUGUGUUUUGUUGUUAUUCAAACGUUAACACUAACUCGAUAUUCCGUCUUGUGACAUUUAUGGAGGUAAAAUGUUCUUUGCAUUGCUCAUAUCAAGUGUUCAGUUGUCUCAAUUGUAAUGAUCGUUCCUUAUUUAAUGGGCGCUGACAAGCAUGUGGUGAUUAAUGACCCUUUACCUAAGUGUUCUCUUUCAUUAGUCGCGAUGAUAGAUGUCUUAUUAUUCUGUUACCUCCAUUUAUACAGAUGGAAGCAGGUGUGUAUUUUAAAAGGUGCUGUUUACCUACUCCGCUAAAUGGCACUUUUCUAACUAGCUGAGCCAGUAAAUAUUUUUUAAAAGUCACGUCAAAUUUCACCCAUUCUUAUUUUUCUUUGUAUGUAAAAUCCCAGGCACCUAAGAUGAACAAAUACAUCAUUUUUUACAGUUUAAUUGGUAAAAACAAACAAUCAGCCUUGAGGCUUUAAUCAUGCACAGAAAUAAAAAUAUACAAAACCGUUUAAUUAAACACUCCAGGCACAAAAACUGCUUAAUCUAAAUUAAGUUGUUUUGAUACCAGGAGGCCCCUGGAAGCACUCUUACCUCAAGGAGUUAAACUGUUCUCAAACAGUUUAAACCUAAAGUUACAUUCCAAUGCCAACUCCUCCUAUGGCGGCAUCCGGCUUCUGAAUUUUCAAAGCAAGGGGCGCCACUGAUUGGUUGAGAGUUGUCCUCAUUCACUAAUCUGGCUUAAAAAGAUACGUUUCUUUGCAAGCCAGUUUUGUGAAUGGGGAGUCACUGAUUGGCUGAGAACAUCAGCUGACUGCUCUCAACCAAUCAGUGGAGCCCAUGCCUGACAAAAGAAGCCUAAAUCAUCACUUCUCCUCCAUUGUGCUUGACAGUUUGUAUUGUUAGACCAAACAGCAUAUCCGCACAAAUGUGGCGCUGUGCAUUAUGGCCAAACAUCACUUUGGUCUCCUCUGUCCAAAGAACAUUGUUCCAGAAGUCUUGUGGUUUGUUCAAAUGUAAUGUUGCAAACCUAGGGAGUGCUGCCAUGUUCUUUUUAGAGAGAAGAGGCCUUCUACAGCAAUAACUGACACAUAUUUGUGUUCAAUGAUGUCUCACAAGUACAACACUACCCCCCAUUUACAGGUUUUAUGAUAUUUUGGAAAGUUACAAGGUUAAAUAUAGGACUUUCCCCUUUUCAGUUUUUACACAUUUAAAUUUGCCAGAUCGAUUUGCUGGGACUAUGUUGGCUUUGAGACCAUAUGGCAACCAGAAAUAAAAAUUACCCCUAUCGUGGCAUACGAUUUGAAAAGUUAGACAACCCAGGAUAAUAAGAAUGGGGUAGGCCCAGUGUUUUUUAGUAGCCACUUAGUCACAAACCCUGGCCAAAUGUAUUGUUUAAGCCCACUUUUUUUCCAAGGUGGCAUAGUGCGUUCUAACGGCAUUAGGGGUUAACCCCUUAAGGACAGCAGGCAUACUAUGCCGUCCUUGGGGACCCGGUCCUAAACGCCGGUGGGUGACAUAGUACGUCCCCGCCUUCCUAUGCACUUACCUGCUCGCUGGCAAUCCCCCGCGAUGGGGGCGAUCGCGAUGGGGAGACUUGCCUGGCAUCCCAGGGAGUCCGUCUGAUCCGGUGUUCCAACACAUUUCCCUACCUGUGAAAAUCCCCUACCCGCGUCACUUCCGGUGAGGGAAAUCAGCUGGAUCCUGUGCUGCACAUGCGUGCUGGCACUGCUCCUACUCCCCCACAGCAAGGUCCUGGAAGAUAAGUAAAGCUAGUUUUACACCUUCAUUAUAGUUAGUGCAUUCACUAAGCUUAGGACAUGGGACAUUUAGGGUUCAUGUUAUGGUUCAAAUUAGGGUUAGGUUUAGGGACUUGUUUUUAUUUAGUGAUAUUUCACAUUAGGGGAAUAUCUAUAAAUUGUGAUUUUUCAAACUUUAUUUUAACCCUUACCCCAAGGGUUAGGGUUAGAAUAGAGUGUGAGAGAGGUUAAAAUAACUUACCUAACCCUAAUUUGAUCCCUUGCAUAACCCUAAAUGUCCCGUGUGCCUAAGCUUAGUGAACGCAGUAACUAUAAUGAAAGUCUAAAACUAGCUUCACUUACCUUCUUGGACCUUGCUGUGGAGGAGUAGCAGGAGUGCCAGCACGACAGCACAGGAUCCAACUGAUUUCCCUUACCAGAAGUGACUUGGGUAGGGAGUUUUGAUGGAACACCGGCCCUCGCGGGCCAUGUGAACGCGAUGAGGUCGUCAUCACAUGGACGGAAUAGCCGUCCACAGCAGUGCCUGCAGGGGGCCUACCUGAAAUGACAGGCAGUCCCCCUGAUGCCUGAAACAAAGUUAAAUAAAGUUUAAAAACAGUGUAAAAGUUAAUUAUAUAUACUUACACACAUAUAUAUAUAUAUAUAUAUAUAUAUAUAUUUAUAUAUGAGCUAUUAUAUAUAUGAUCUAAGUAUAUGUACAAACAUAAAUACACAUACACUGUCUCUAAGUGUAUUUUAAUAUUAAUAUAUAUUAUUAUAUAUUAAAAUACACUUAGAAUGAUAUUAAUUUUACAUAAAUAUAUAUAUAGUUGUAAUUUUUAUAUAUAUAUAUAUAUAUAUAUAUAUAUAUAUAUAUAUAAAAUAAUUUAAAAAUUAUAAAUAAUAAAUAAAAAUUAUAUAUACAUGUAUAAUUUCGUUCUAACUGUAUUUUGAUGAUAUAUAUACAUAUAGAUCACAAAAUACACGUAGAACAAAAUUAUAUAUAUAUAUCUAUACUAAUAAAUAUAUAUGUAUAGAUCUGUAUAUAUCGACCUAUAUAUAAAUAAAAAUAAUAAACAAAAAAAUAAUAUAUAUAUUUUUUUAUAUAUAUAUAUAUAUAUACACACACACAUAUUUAAAUUCUACUUAUAUAUUUAUGUAUUAUUUUUACAUAAUUAAGUAAUUUUAUUAAUUAUGGUGUGAGGGACCUGCCUGACAAACCAGGUAGAAGGUAACCAGAAUUUGGUUCGGAGGCCCUAUAUUUAACCGACACCAUAAAACCUGUACAUGAGGGGUACUGUCGUACCCGGGAGACUUUGCUGAACACAAAUAUUAGUGUUUCAAAACAGUAAAAUGUAUCACAACAAUAUUGUCAGUGAAAGUGCCAUUUUUUUGCAUUUUUCACACACAAAUGGCACUUUCAGUGCCGAUAUCAUUGUUGUGUUCCAUUUUACGGUUUUGAAACACUAAUAUUUCUUUUCAGCGAAGUCUUCCAAGUAUAACAGUGCAGGAUUUAUGGUGUGUUCAAAAGUUAGAGAGUUAAAUAUAAGGCUGGCGUUUCCUGAGUCUCCUGAGUAUAACAUGUACAGGUUUUAUGGUGUGUUCAAAAGUUAGUCAAAUAUAAGGCUUGCGUUUCAGUUAGGUUGCCUUUGAGACCAUACGGUAGCCCAGGAAUGAGAAUUACCCCCACAAUGGCAUACCAUCUAUAAAUGUAGGCAACCCAAGGUACUGCAAAUGGGGUAUGUCCAGUCUUUUUUAGUUGCCACUUAGUCACAAACACGGGCCAAAAUUAGCAUUAAAAUUUGUUUUUUUUCUGCCUUUUUGUCACACAAAGUGAGUUUGCACAGUAUAGCAAUACCCCCAUAUGUACCUUUGCCAGGUAUAUGUGGAUGUUGAAAGGGCACAUUUGAGAUGCAUUCAGUUUUUUUACUUUUUAAUGUUUUACGCUGUGUCCAUGUUCCAUUUUGGAGUAGUUUAGCUGGUUGGUUAUUCAAACUUCCCCACAAACACAUACUCUUUUUAAUGUAUUUUUUUACUUUUUAACUUGUUUUUACUUAUUCAAUCUUUUAAACUUUCUUAAAACUUUUUUUACACUUUUAAAAUUUUUAUAAACUUUUUUUUUACCGUUAACCCCUAACUAGCAGUAAGCAGCACUGACUGUAAAUUCCCCAAUUUCCCAUAACUCCCACACACCCCAGCAGCAAAAUAUAUAAUUUUUUAAUAUUUUAAUUAAGUAAUGAAAUAAAUAAAUAAAAAUAACCCUCAGGGGUUAAAAAAAAAUAUUCAGAUCACAGUAUAAUACUAAUAGUGAUCAACUGGCAGGUAAGGGGUUAUUUUUUAUUAGAACUAGGUAAAGAGGGGUGGGAUUUUUUAAAACUUUUUUUAAAACGUUAUUAAAACAUUUAAAAAAACAAACCUUUUUUUAACAUUAACCCCUAGCUAGCCUAACACCAAAUUCCACACUAACUUCCACCUACCCCAGCUAGCUAAAUAUAGACUUUUUAAAUAUUUAAAUUAAUUAAUUAAUAAAAUAAAUUUAAACUCUGAGGGUUAAAAAAAAAGAAAAUAAAAGUUAACCCUCAGGGGUUUAAAAAAAAAAAUCAGAUCACAGUAAAAUGUAAUUCAGAAAUAUAAAUUUCAGAAAAGACCAUCACAUUUUUUAAAUUACCCAAAUGUGUUUAUUUCUCCUUCUUUGCAAUAUGUGCUUGAAUUGUAAUGUCAUUUGUUAAAAUAUUUAAAGGAGGACUAUAGGGUCAGGAACACAUGUGUAUUCAUAGGAAAGCAUUGGAUUGGCUGAGAUUGUCAAUUCUGAUGAUCUCCGCCAAGGAGACGAGCCAGGAGCGUGGAGCCAAACAAAAAGUGAUUCAUUGAAUUACUGUAUCUCUAUGAGGAACGCACAGUUUCUCCAUGCAGAGCGUGAACGAUAAGAGGGGGGGGGGAUUUAACUAUAAAUAUGACAAUUACAAAAAAACGUAUAGGAACGAUAGGUUGAAGAGGACCCUGCUCAAACUUAGUCUAUAGGAGGUGGGUGUAAAACACAAUAGGACAGGAAGCUAUAGCAUGAGUGAAUUGCAACUCCUGUUGGCUUUUGCUUGGUUUACAAAAGUGUUUUCUUUUAAAAGGCACAGUCUGGUCACCAUAACCACUUAAUUGCAUUGUCCCCUGAUGUCCCACGAUUCAGUGUUAUACCUUUUUUCAACAUUAUAUGAUUGUAAACUCAUUGGAGCAGAGCCCUCAGAUAUCCCCUUUCUGUAAUUGUAAAAAUUGUAAAACAUGUGAAAAAUAUGUUGAUAAGGGUGCCCAUCCACUCAUACCCAGGCACCCCCCAAAGUAAUGGCUGAGGAGGAGUUAUAGUCCACUUAAGCCAAACUAACCUAUGCCAGGUGAGUUGGUAUGGACCCUCUGUCAACUAAUCAUUGGUGUGCAUCACUGCUUUGACUAAUGAGGAAGCAGCUGUGUGGGGCUGGGACCCACAUUCACUGUAAAACAAAUAAAAAAACUAUUUAACACGGAACUGUGAGACGACAUCUGGGUACUCCAAACACCAUAACCACAUAAUUUAGUUGAAGUGGUUAUGGUAUCCUGAGUAUCACUUCAGCACUUACUUUUAUGUAUGAAGAACAGUCAGGGUGCAUGGAAACAGUGCUGUACCACCUGGUAACGUGCAAAGAAUCUUUGGACAUUUUAGAUUUCAUCACAACCACACAUUUGAUAUAAAUGGAGUGAAAGAAAAACAAUACCUCUGCAAAUAACAGCUGUUAGUGAUUGGAGUAUGCCCACCCUCCAAAGUGACAGUUCUAUUUUAAGUGCCACACCACAUGGGAUAUUAAAGCAGAAUUGUCACUUCCCUGGAAGAUAUACUAUUAGAACACCACAGUUAGAAUGUACUUGUGAAGUAUUUUUUCAGACAUCAAACAGUGCAGGCUACGUUUCGACACCUACUGGUGUCAGUUCAGUGGAAUAGUGCCAGUUUUUAUUUUUUCUCAUCCCAGUAAAUGUCAUUAAAGUAGUUUGUGCAGCAGAGGUAAAUAAAAAGCGCACCUAUUUUGCAACUAUUCCAGGGCAAUGUCAAAACCCCACGAUGCUUCAGGCCCACAAAUCUGCUUAGUAAUGACAUACAAGCAGAUAAUCGUUUGAGAAUUCCUUCCGCAUGUGUAAGCAUUGUGUGGGCUACAUUAAUUUGCAUGGUAUGCUCUGGCUGUGCCAGGAUAGCCGUACAUACAGUGUAAAUUACAAAAUUAAAACAGUACACAUUUGUUUUAUUAAAAACAUUGUAUAACCCAUGUCUUACCUUUAUUUUAUCAGGUUCUCUAUUUGUGCUAUGACAUUAGUCCCGGAUCCCCUUUAUCUUAUUAAAAAACUAUAACUCAGCUAUAUGUCACAUAGCCCAGCUUGAGAGAUUAUAUUUGGCAGAUGGAGGCCACUCUGGAGCCAAUAAUUCUUUACUAACAGUAAUUAGAGGGAAUGAUUUUUUUUUAAAAUUAUAAAUAUGCGUGUAUCACAGCACACCUCAAAUGGAUUCAUACCCUUGUUACAUUUCAACAAAAGCAUGAGUCAACAGUAAUAAAAACAUUUGACAGUUGUAUUUCAGUUAAAAAUGGGUAUAUUCCUUAUUCUGUAUGAGGCAACAUAUGUUCUUUGCAGCGAAUAUAUAUUUAUAACACACAGAGACAGCUGUGAUUCACACAACAUAUUUUUGACUGUGUCUAGCUCAUUAGCUGUUAAUCCCUACUUAAAAAUGGACAUGCUAUCUAAAACAUCAUUUAUAGAUCACAAAAGUGUUUAAUAUAGUGCAUUACAUUUCUUUAAUACCUAAAAAAACUGUUGUAGUGUUUAUGGUGCCAGUAGUGUCACAGGGUAAGUAACCAGACCUUUUUAAAAAAACAAACCAAAAAAACCCUUUAUUUUUGUGUGAAAGUCUUGUCAUAAAUAUAACACAGUAUUUGAUGUACAUAAAAUACAUGAGAUAGGUAUCGACAUUUUCCAUUGCACAUCUCCUUUUCUCCGUUUGUUAGUUGAACUUAUCUUGUACUGCAUACAACUAAGACAAUUCACUUUUUUGUUUAUAUAACUUACAUAUAAAACUAGCAGUAUGCAUCAAUCAAAACCUUCUGAUCUAUUAAGUGUUCGGGUUCUUAAGUAGUGUAAGAUAUUCGGGUGGGGAAUUGUCACCUGUCCCUCGUAUCAUGGUCCUGGUCCAGCCAGGGGUGUAACCAGACCUUUUGAGAACAGUUUAACCAUUGGCAUUCUCUGGUCAUUAGCUCCACUGAGAUAGCACUGCCACACAAUGAACUUCCAGAAGCACAGGAGGAUGUACCUGGCGGACCCCAGGUAAGUUGUCAAACCAGUCUCAAAUGGUUACUACUGACUAUUGGGGGGCCAGGGCACUCCUGGCACCGUAACCACUACAUGCUGCUGACAUAGAUAACAGUAAGCUUUGAAGAAUUUAAAUGUUACAGGUAAUAAAUUAGUGAUAAAUCAUGCAGGAAUCUUACAUUAUAUACAUUUUACAUACUGCAGGGCAAAGCAUUUCACAUGCUCUCAGUGGACAUGCAAUUUUAUUUGCCCAGGAAAACAUGACUAAACCCUCAAUUGCUAAAAUUGGAAUUUUUGCAUAAUUUAAGAAAACAUAACUGUUUUGGAAUGUUCUUCAGCUAUAGUGUCAGCUUGCCUAUCUUAGCCUGUUUGGAUAUAAAUUUGCUGCAGUCCAGAGGUCGGUAAAUAACCCCGUAUGUAUGCUGCAAAGUUAUUAUGCUUGUGAUGAUCUUUAAAGGGACACUAUAAGCACCAAAACAACUUUAGUUUAACAGAAUGAUGUUGGUGAAUAGAUCUUGCCCCUCCAGCCUAAGUGGUCAUCCGCCAUACAAGAAUUAAAUCACUUUGUUUUUGCCCUUUUCACACCUCCCUGCGUAUGGCCUACACAGUCCCCCUACACAUUUUCUGUAAAGAGAUAUCUAAUGUUUAAACUUCCUUUAUUGCACAGUCUGUGUAAUGUUUAAUUUCUUAUCUCUUACUGUUAAGCACCUGCUAGAACUUGCAUUAGCCUCCUGCCUGUGAUUAAAGUUUAAUUAACAGAGCAGGAGAUAAACACACUGCUGUCAGAUCUGAUUGAAAAUAAAACCAUGUUUUCAUGCAGGCUGUGUCACAGGUAGGGGCACUAGGGCUGCAUAAAUUGAAACAAAGGUGAUUUAACUCCUAAGUGGCAGAGAAUUGAGCAGUGAGGCUGUAGGAAAAUAAUAUAUGCACUAAAACUGCUUCAUUAACCUAAAGUUGUUUUGGUGCUCAAAGUAUCCCUUUAAUUUAAACAAAUAAAGCUAGGUAUAUAGGAAUGCGUAUAAAAGAUGCAGAAUACAGGAUACCUUUGGUUUUAUACUCUAGGGCACGGCUUUACAAAUUCCAGAUGCCAGAACGCCAUGGUGGCAAGGAAUUUUGUCCUGGCUCCUGAGUAUUUGACAGUCUUUUCAUUCCUGAGGCAGUUGGCUGUACCAAAUGAAGCUCAAUGGCGAGGGAGCUAUCCUCUUCCUGCUCUGCUCCCUCUCUCACCCUGCUGUGAUGCUGGGAUAUGACGUCACUCCUGCCCCAGCAUCACUAAACAGUGCUGAGGGAGCAGAGCAAGAAGAACAGGAAGAUAACAGCAGCCACACUAAACCCCAAGUAAAGGAUCUACUCCAGCUCUCCUAAAGCUUGGGUGAACAUCAAUUAUAAUAAAAGAAAUACAUUGUGUGUGUGAGAGAAUGUGUGUCUCUGUCAGUGAGUGAGUGAGUGAAUAUGUGUGUCUGUCAUUGAGUGUGUGUGUCAAAUCAGUGGGUGUCUGUCUUAUGUGUAAAUUUAAAGAAACACUAUAGUGUCAUGUAUAUAAACUAUUUGGGUGACCAGGUCCUCCUCCGAUCACCUGGGAAAGGUAUUUUUACUCACCUUUUUUCCCAUGCCACGUCGGUCUCGCCCCCUCUGGCUCUGCCUCCAUGGUUGAGAUUAUCAGUCUUAAUGAUCUCAGUCAAUCCCAUAGGAAAGCAUUGGGAGGCUAUUGCACACAUGUGGCAAAACCGCAUAUCCUCAUAGAGAUGCAUCUUUAUGAGGAAGGUUCAGGGUCUCUAUGCACAGCGUGGAGAUUCUGUAUGUAGGUGCUGCACACUGUGCAGCAUUGGACUAGGAAGCACCUCUACUUACUGUGUGAGUGACUGCCACUAGAGGUGUUAGUAGGCAGCAAUGUUAACACUGCUUUGUCUCAGAAAAAGACUGCAGGGACAUGUUAUAGACACCGGAACCACUACAUUAAGCAGUAUGGGUUCUGGUGACUAUAGUGUCCCUGUAAUAUCUAAUAUUUUUGUUGUUUAAAAUAAAGCUUUGUUAGUUUAAAAAAAAAAAUGACUCCUAAUUUUUUUAGUUGGCUCUUAGAUUCAAAGCAAAGUUGUGAAGGCCUGCUCUAGGCACUAUAACCACUUCAUAUAAUUGAUUUGCAUGUUGUGUCUGGUGUUCCAUAUUGCAGUAGCUCCAUUCAGUAUUAAAUAAUUUAUUAUUAUUUUAUUAUUUAUAUAGCGCCAGCAAAUUCUGGCGCUAUAUAAAUAUAUAUAUAUGAAGGAGUGUCCUUGGCCGCCCACAUUUCGAUAGUCUGCUAAAGAUUACCACUGCUCAUUGCUGCUUUGGCUAAUGCUCCCUUACCUGAGCAGCACAGAAGUGACAGACAGCUGGGGACUCCAGACACCAUAACCGCUUUUAGUAAAAUUAGGCCGUUACAGUGUCUUUUUAAUGGAACCAUUCAGUAUUUUCCUAGAAUACCUAUGCUAGUUUUACAAUUAAGUCACUGCUAAAGUAACAUUUUUAUGUUUGUGUUAGAUAUUUUUCUAAUUGUUAGAAAUGCUACAAAUGUAUGCCGAUCUAAUUAUAAAACAUUAUAUAGCACAGCAAGAUACUUUUGGAUCGUUGUGUAAUUCUCACAUAUACAAUUAGACCCUGUAGGGCUUGGCUCUGUAUACAAGCUCAGCUUGUUUCCAGUCUAAUUUACUCAAAUGCAAUGGUAUCCUACAGGCUACCAGUGUACAUAGGGAUGCCAAAAUUGGCAUUUUUAUCUGCCAUAUAUAAGCUCACAGAAUGAAAUCAAUUUAUCUUAGUGGGGUUUCUAUUUAUUGAAUUUCGUUAGGGAUAUGUGUGGUGUGUAUGAAUCAGACAGGCUGCAAAUAGGGAAAAUCAGAAGGUUACAUAUCAAGAUUGUUGUAUUAGCUAGAAUCUUUAUAUUUCAUUUUAGAGAUAUACAUUUUAUUGGACAAGAAACAGAAAUUGAUAAAAACAUCUUUUGCACACAAGUAAAAUGUUUAGCUUUAUAAUACAAAAAUAUACUCUAUUUUUCUUUUUUUUUUAUAAAUCCAGUCGAGUAUUGUUGUGUAUGUAGUCUUAGAUCACAUGUAGUCCUCUAUUGGCUGCUGAACUACAAAUCCCUAAUGCUUUGCCAGCCUACUAGAAACAGAACCUUAGUAUGAAUAGCACUUGUGAAUGUAUUAAUUAACCAUGGAUGACAGUGGUCGUGUGAAUUUGUCCUGUUUAUGCUGGAUGCCUUUUAUGGAUCUCGUUUGUAUGAGUUCUGUAAGAAUUAAAAUUUUGGAAUUGGUCAAUAAUUUUAAUAAGUUACAGAAAUUGGGUAUUAAUACAGCACACACGUAAUGAUUUGGCCAUUUUCUGGGACUAGUUUAUUUGCUGCAUUUACUUUGUGCCUUACCUGCUCUGCUUUAUUCAAUUCCAUACAUUCUACACACAUAUAAGAAUUGAUACAUUGCAUAUGAAUUACAGUUAAAGGACCACUAUAGUGCCAGGAAAACAUACUCGUUUUCCUGGCACUAUAGUUCCCUGAGGGUGCCCCCACCCUCAGGUUCCCCCUCCCGCCCGGCUCUGGAAAGGGGAAAGGGGUUAAAAUCACAGUGAGAAGCACGCAAGCGCCUCUAGCGGCUGUCAAUGAGACAGCCACUAGAUGAAAUAGGGGAAGGCUUAACCCAUUCAUAAACAUAGCAGUUUCUCUGAAACUGCUAUGUUUAUGAAAAAAUGGGUUAACCUUAGCUGGACCUGGCACCCAGACCACUUCAUUAAGCUGAAGUGGUCUGGGUGCCUAGAGUGGUCCUUUAACCAAUACAAAAUGCAAAACUGAAGCAAAAGAGAUGCUUCCCCCUCCCCUCCCUCCACCCCCAGAUCUGCUCAUUAUCCUUACAUUUUGCAAUUUGGUAUUCACUUUGCUACAAUUUGGUAUUAAGGAAAUAGAGAGAAUGGUAUCUAAUGUAAGCUGUUCUUCCUGAUUUUUAAUUGAUUUUCAUUAAUCUGGGCAUCCAUUAAAUCCAUUCAGUUGUAAAGGGCCACUGAAGUCACCCAGACCACUUCCUCUCAGUGAAGUGGUCUGAGUGCAGAGUUACUCUCUUUCUAUAGGAACAUCAGUGUUUACAUUGCACGGUUAAAGGGUCUCCCCAGACCUCUAAAGCACUUUAGCUUUAUGUGUAAAGAGUGGCUUUCAAGCCGACAACAAGUAAUGUUAUUUCCUGGUUUCGUUAGCUCAAUGCAGUUGACCUCAAGAGGCAGCAAUUGCCAAAAACAUUGUUUUGAUUUUGGGGUAUAUUUUUAAAUGUUGUACUUGGGCAGUGUAUUUAAAACCAUCACCUUUCAAUUCCUCACAUGGUGGAUUUCUUCAUCUUUAAUGAAUGGACUUCCUUAUUGCAGCAUUAGAUGGCUAUAUACCACAGGGCACCACUUUUUACCUACUGCCUAUGAGCAUACAUAAGUGAUAUAUGCGAAGACAACGUGUGGUUGUAUCUAGGUUUGCCAGAUACAUCAUGUUUACCUGGGCACAGACAUCUUAUUCAGGCUGAUAGCAAGUGAGAAGUGCUUCCAUGUUAUACCAGCCCCAUAAUGCAUCAUGCCAGCAUAGUGUGCAGAUAUGGAAGUAGUAGGGGGAAAAAACUGAAAACUAUCACUCAAAAAUUAAAUAAAUCACUCAUAGGGCUUCAAAUAAACAAAAGAGCGGAGCUCAGAACAGAGAAGCUAUGUAAUGAUGAUAAUUCACAAAAUAUACAAGUGAUGCAUAAUAUUAAAUGUAUGCUUACUAAUGCAAGGAGCCUAAAUAACAAAAUGGGGGAACUAGAGGCAGUUAACUUAAAUGGGUACAUGUUAUUUAGGAAGGAUAGGAAAAACAAGAAGGGUGGUGGGGUAUGUUUUUAUGUCAACCAUGACUUAAAGCCAAAUCUUAAGCAAAUGGAAUGCGAUGAGGAAAAUGUGGAAGCUUUAUGGGUAAAUAUCUGCUUGGGUGAAAAGAAGGGAAGCCAACUAUUGGUUGGGAUAUGUUAGAAACCACCUAAUGUUAAUAUUGACGAGGAACAACAGCUGUUUGAGCAAAUUGAGAAAGCUGCAAAUCUGGGUAACACUUUUUAAUUAUUGGAGAUUUUAAUUACCCGGACAUAAAUUGGCACAGAGGGACUAGUGCCUCAGCAAAGGGAAUUAGGUUUUUAAACUUGUUAAAUGACACCUUCAUGUCACAACUUGUACAAGCACCAACUAGAAUGGACGCUUGUCUGGACCUGGUUUUAACAAACAACGUUGAUCUUUUGACCAACAUUCAAGUAGGUGAGCACUUGGGAAAUAGUGAUCACAAUAUAGUGUCCUUUGAAACUAACUCAAAAAAAAACAAAAGCACAUGGGGUUUACUAAAACAUAUAAUUUUUAAAAGGCCAAUUUCAAUAAGUUAAGGUAAGCUUUACAAUAUAUUGACUGGCAUAAACUCUUUAGUGAAAAUAACACUGAGGAUAAAUGGAUCAUCUUCCAACAAAUAUUAGAAAGGUACAUUUAUCAGUAUGUUCCAUUGGGAAAUAAAUAUAAAAGAAACAAAUUAAAACCAAUGUGGCUUAGUAGAGAAGUAAAACAAGAGAUUAAAAAUAAGAAUAGGGCAUUUAAAGCAUUUAAAUCGGACAAAUCGGAUGCAUCUUAUAAAAGAUAAAAGGAAGCAAAUAAUGAAUGUAAAAGGCAAUUAGACGUGUUAAACUUCAAAAUGAAAAAAUGAUAGCUAAAGAGAGCAAAACCAACCCCAAAGCAUUUUUUAAGUACAUCAAUUCUAAAAAACCCAAAAAUGAAAGUGUAGGUACACUAAAACCUGAAACGGGGGUGUUAGUUAAUGAAGACCAGGAAAAGGCAGGAAUUUUAAAUAACUAAUUUCUCCUCUGUAUAUAUUAAAGGACCACUCUAGGCACCCAGACCACUUCAGCUUUAUGAAGUGGUCUGGGUGCCAGGUACCUCUAGGAUUAACCCUUUUUUUUUAUAAACAUAGCAGUUUCAGAGAAACUGCUAUGUUUAUACUGAGGGUUAAUCCAGCCUCCAGAGCCUCUAAUGGCUGUCUCAUUGACAGCCACUAGAAGCGCUUGCGUGCUUCUCACUGUGAAAAUCACAGUGAGAGCACGCAAGCGUCCAUAGGAAAGCAUUGUAAAUGCUUUCCUAUGCGACCGGCUGAAUGCGCGCGCGGCUCCUGCCGCGCAUGCGCAUUCAGCCGAUGACGUCGCGAGCAAGGAGGAGAGGAGGAGUACAGCUCCCCGCCCGGCGCUGCAGAAAGGUAAGUGUUUAACCCCUUCCUCUCCCCAGAGCCGGGCGGGAGGGGGACCCUGAGGGUGGGGGCACCCUCAGGGCACUAUAGUGCCAGGAAAACGAGUAUGUUUUCCUGGCACUAUAGUGGUCCUUUAAGGAAGAACCCAUGGCAAUAGAUGUGCAAAUGAUUGCUACUAAAAAUCCUUGCCUGGAAAUUAUAGACCUGUGAGCUUAACUUCUGUGACUGGUAAAAUAUUUGAAAGGUUAUAAAGGAAUAAUAUUCAAGAAUUCCUUGAGAAGAACAUGGUUAUCAGCAAAAUCAGCACGGUUUUAUGAAGCACAGGUCAUGUCAAACUAACUUGAUUGCGUUCUACGAAGAAGUAAGUAGAAGUAUAGGUCAGGGUGUUGCCGUGGAUGUGAUCUAUUUGGAUUUUCCCAAGGCAUUUGAUACAGUUCCAAACAAUAGAUUAGUGUUCAAACUCAAGGAAAUCGGUCUAGAUGAAAAUGCUUGUUCUUGGGUAGAACAUUGGCUUAAAAACAGAGUACAAAGAGUUGUCAUUAAUGGUAAAUUUUCAAGCUGGACAAAGGUGGCAAGUGGUGUCCCUCAGGGGUCUGUUCUGGGACCCCUUCUAUUUAACAUGUUUAUAAAUGAUCUUGAAGACAGCAUUGAAAGUCAGGUUUGUAAAACUUUGUAAAAUAAUACAAUGUGAGCAAGAUAUUACUUUGCUGCAGAGGGAUUUAGAUAGACUGGGGGACUGGGCACUCAAAUGGCAGAUGAAAUUUAAUGUUGAAAAAAUGCAAAGUUAUGCACUUCGGCGUAAAGAAUACACAAGCAACGUAUACCCUUAAUGGAAGCGAAUUAGGGAUAACAACACAUGAAAAGGACUUGGGAAUUGUUAUAGACAAUAAACUAUGCAACAAUGUGCAAUGUCAAUCAGCAGUGGCCAAGGCCAGUAAGGUAUUGUCAUGCAUGAAAAAGGGCAUUCAAUCUCGGGACGAGAAUAUCAUUUUGCCUCUUUAUAAAUCACUGGUAAGACCCCAUAUUGAAUAUUCUGUGCAAUUUUGGGCACCUGUUCUAAAGAAGGAUAUUAUGGCACUAGAAAAAGUGCAGAGGCGGGCUACAAAAUUAAUAAAAGGAAUGGAACAUAUCAGCUACGAAGAGGUUAACAAAUUUAAACCUAUUUAGUUUAGAAAAACGUCGCCUGAGAGGGGAUAUGAUCACAUUAUACAAAUAUAUUCGGGGCUAAUACAAACCAUUGUGUGGAAAUCUAUUCACAAACUGGACUUUACAUAGGACACGAGGCCAUGCGUUUAGACUGGAAGAAAGAAGAUUUCGUCUAAGGCAAAGGAAAGAUUUUUUUACUGUAAGAACAAUCAGGAUGUGGCAUUCUUUGCCUGAAGAAGUGGUUUUAUCAGAGUCCAUACAGAUGUUCAAACAGCUACUAGAUCCAUACUUGCAAAAACAGAAUAUUCAAGGAUAUAAUCUUUCAAUGUAUGGUAAUAACUGCUUGAUCCAAGGAUAAAUCUGACUGCCAUUCUGGGGUCAAGAAGGAAUUUUUUUCCUAGGUUGUUGCAAAAUUGUGCUUCAAACUGGGUUUUUUUUGCCUUCUUUUGGAUCAACAGCAAAAAACAAAUGUGAGGAAGGCUGAACUUGAUUGACGCAAGUCUCUUUUCAGCUAUGUAACUAUUGUAAGCAGACAUGCAUUUGCAUGUAAUCUAUGUUUCAGUCCAUUUUCUUGAUAUAUUAAGGAAAGUUUGGUCAUUUGGACUGAAAUUGUGAAUGUAUGCUAUUGCACAGCAGUAAAAAACAUUAUCUUGUUUUUUUUAAGUAAUAAGAGUGUACUCUUUGGCUUACAACUGGAUCAAUUUCAAUCAAUGCCAAUUCAAUUCCCAUAGGAAAGCGCUGGGGGGCUUUUGCACAUGUGUGUCAAAAUGCUGCGCUUCACCGCACCAAUCAUCAUCUCUAUGGAGAGUGAUCAGCGCCUCCAUGCAAAGUGUGCAGCACUGGACUAGGAAGAAUCUCUAGUAGCUGUCUGAGUGACUGUCGCUAGCGAUGUGCCUAGCAAUGUAGACACGGCCUUUUAUCUGAAAAGGUAGUAUUUACAGUGCUCAGCCUACAGGGACAGGCUAGAGACACCAGAACCACUACAUUAAACUGUAGUAGUUCUGGUGACUAUAGUGUCCAUUUAAUACAACGUCUUUCUCUCACCAGUCAACUCAGAGUUACGGGGAGAGCAGGAGACACAAGUGAAGAUGCAUUUUGUUUGUGUCUUUCUCCUCCAAGCCCCUUUCAUGUGUCUCUUAGCCCCAGCCCCAUUGUCUCUUUCUCCCUUUCCCCAGCCCUUCUGUGAGUCUCUUUCCCAGGCCUCAGCACCUCUGUGCAUAUUUCCCCACAGCUCCUCUAUGUGUCUCAUUCUCCCCUUUCCCAGCCCCUCUGUGUGUCUCUUGUUCGUCUUCCUCAGCUCCUCUGUGUGUCUCCUGUUCCCUUUUUGCAACCUCUCUGUCUCUUUUUCCCCACACACCUCCUUGUGUCUGUUUACGCCACAGCCCUCUAUGUGUCUCAUUCCACCAUCUCCAGUCUUCCAUGUGUCUCAGUAUCUCCAGCCCUCCAUGUGUCCUAUUAGCCCUCCCUCCUUCCAUAUAGCCCCCCAGCCCUCCAUGUGUCCCACUAGCCCACCCUUCCAGCCCUCCGUGUGUUCUUAUGCCCCCUCACAGCCCUUCACAAGUCCCUAUGUCCCCUCACAGCCCUGUAUGUAUCUAAUUAGCCCUCUCAUGUCUCUCAGUAGCACCCCCAUGUUUCGCAUUAGCCCCCCAGACCCUCCCUCCCAGCCCUCUGUGUCCCUCUAGCCCCCUCCCAGCCCUCAAUGUGUCUCAAUAGGCCCCCUCCCAGCCCCCUGUAUCACAAUAGGCCCCCAUGUGUCCCACUAGCCGUGUCUCCUAGCCCCCAUGUGUCCCAUUAGCCCCCUCCCCUAAUAUGCCGGCCUAUCGGGAAAUUUCCCGGUAUCCCAGUGGGCCAGUCUGGCCCUGCCUGAAGUUUGUACAAUUCAUAACCCGCUAGAAGGAAUUCAAUCAAUUAAUUUCAAAUUUAAUACCAUAGUAGCCUAACUGAAAGCAUAGCUGAAUUAGAAAAUAUUUUAAUUUUGACCUUAAACUUGAAAAUUCAAUCUGAAUUCUCACUUUAGUGAAUAAUCCUGAAAAAUGAAACGCAUUGUUUUGUUGUUUGAUUUCCAUCCUGCAGCAUUUCUAUUCUGCAGAACAGCAUUUUCCAUGUGGUGACCAUUAUCACUAUGAGGAAAUUUUCAGGAAAACGUGGCUAAUCUAGCAGGCCUGGGUGGAGUGUUUGAGCAUUGAGCACAGAUGAGGAGGGUUAAUGGACCAGAAGAGAUGUAGUUCAGCAACAAAGCUGACUAGUACAUACGUGUUGGUUGAAUAUCAUGGGAAAUGUAUUUUAAAAAAGCAUCACUAUUCGUGGAUGCUUCCUAGUGACCUAGGGAAUCAAGCUGACCUAUUUAAAGGUACAUUAGUAUUGGAAAUAAAAGGAUUAGGUUAUAGGAAAAUGCAUUCCUGCUGUGUUAGCUUCAGGGUAAAUCAGAAUUGUACACCUCACACAUGGCUCUAUGCGGGUAUUCUGCCAAGGCUCAUAACAUUGUAUUGCAGCAUCCAAGAGGCAGAAUGACACAAUGCAAAAUGUGUUCUGCACUCAAGGUCACCUUCAGAUGAAUUCGGGGACAAGUGCAGCUAGAAUAAAUUGUAAUAACGUCAUACUGUUUAGUCAGGCUUUAGUAUAAUGUGCUUGGAAAAUGCCUUCAGAUCUUGAGCGCAGAUUUUAUUUUAAAUGUCUAAAAUGACAUUAAAAAAAAAGAAGCAUACUUCAAAGAAAAUUAUGUAUGUGGCUGACUGAUAUUUUGACGAUUAUAUGUAGUAUGAUAAUUCUAUAGCCAGUAAGAUUAGGUCUCAAAUCUUGUGUGUUUAUCAAGGUUGUUGAUUACCAGGGACUUGCAAGAUUGUGACAUUUUACGCCAAACAGCUGAGUUUAAAAAAUAGAUAAAUUAGGGGAUAUUUUAAUUUCAGCUAUUUUGUGACUUAACCUCGGCUUCUCUGAUCGAAUUGUAACAAAUCAUGGUUUAGUGAAUAAACAUUUCAGAGUUUAUUCACUUUAUACAUAAAAAUUUAGGCAGGCAUUUAGGGAUUUAUUCACUAAACAGCGAAUUGUGGUGAAUUAAAAUAACCAGCCUCUGACAAAAAGCAGAGUUGUAGGAUAUUGUCAACUUGACUCCUUUCAUCUGAAUUUGGCAAUGCGUGCUUUAAAACCUCUUUCUAAUAAAUUAAAUGGUGUCCGCAAUGCUGAACUUUAACUUGAGAAAAAUUCUCCAAAUCAACCUUGUUUUCAGUUUGGCUAUUUUAGCUUUAAAGGAACAGACCAGAAACCACAUCCACUUAAUCUUAAUGAAGUGGUAAUGACGUCCGGAGUCCCCAGGUCAUGUUUUACAAUCUUUUAUUAUACAAAAGUACUGUCCCAUGCACCCAUUGGCUCGCACUGGUUUUCUGCUCUGCUUAUCUCUUAUCCUAUCACUGGCCACCUCUCACAAAACAACAUACGUACAUUUUUAACCUUUACUCAUGACGGGCAUCAGCUGGCUCUUUCAACCUGUCUCUGUUGCCUCUUUGCUUCUCAAACUAAUGCUUUUGCAUUACCAAUCCAUCAAAGGAGAGACAGAAGCCAUGCACCCAGGGACCCUACUUCUGUGUUAAAACCACGUACUAUAGAAUUUUCGACAUAUCAUAGUUUAGUGUAUAAUCCUGUAUCCAUAUAUAUGUGAUUGUUUGUUUAUGAAAUAAUUAUGUAGCCAACCUAUAUUUAUUUUAGGAUUAGAUAUUUUUAUAAACCGGUCUGGUUGAAAGGAAAAAAUUUUUUUUCUUUAUUUGAAUAUAGCUUGUUAAGCAAGUACUGAUACAUGCUUUGAAUAUCAGCUGAUGGAUAAAGAAAUAUGUUUGUGUUUAGUGGGAUAUGAUAUUUGCCUGUCAUUUAAUCAUUCUUAGGUGUUACCAUAAGGUGUAUUUUAUAAAGGCUGAAACUGUAGCAGAAAAUUGGGCUUCCAAAAUUUGGGAAAUACUUUCCUGGUAUUAUACAUAUCCAAACGUUAAGCAAAUUGUGUGAAUAAGAUUUUAUCUCAAAUGUGUGUAUAUAUAUUUUUUUAACAAAAACUCUGUGUAUAGGCACUCUUUUAUCCGUGUUUGGUGCAAGGUAUCAAGGUGGCCCAUGUACCUCCUAACAUACAAUGUAACAAAAAAUGAUACAGCACUCAAUAAUUUUAGGUAUAAUUCAUUACUUCAUUUAAUAAUUCAUUAAUUUUGUAAAUAUAAUAAUAUAUGAGUAUAGUUCAUUAAUUUUGCAGAUUUGAUAAUAUAUACAAAAAAAUAGGACAAUAUGUAUAGUAGAAACAAUAUAUCUUGUGACAACCAAUAUUACUCCAUGUAAAUAAGUCCCUACAACAUCCGACUUCUAAAUUAUCAAUAAUACUAAACUGCAUUAAUAUAUCUGAAAGUCUGGAUUACCAUCCAAAGAAGCGAAAAAAAAAUAAAAAAAAUAUAAGAAAUGAAAAAAAUAAGAAAAAAACAAAAAGUGAAAAAAAAAUGAGAAAAGAAUAAGAAAAAAAUAUAAAGAAAUAAUGUAUAUACAGUCCCAGUGUGUACACACUAUAAUAUAUGGGUGGAUCUCACCACAAUUUCCAAGGGUAUGGGUCCUGUUUCAGGCAAAAUCUCAGUAUAUGCACCAAGUUGAUGAACUGGCCGCAGUACAGUAAUAUAUCCCUGUGGUUGUUGUAAACUUCUUAUUUCUCCCGGGUUGUAUAUACAGUAUCUCCCUGUUGUCGUUAAGGUACCGGACUUCCUCUCCGUCUUUCAGUGUAGGGUCUUGGGCUGCGCGCCCGGGACCUUAGAAGUCCCUUCGAUGGCCCAUAUAUAUUUUUUAAGUAACCUUAGAAUGACUUAAUAAAGUUGCAACAUUUAAAUACUACGCAGCCCACUGAGCUAUCAUACUCUCUCUUUUAUAGUUUGAUAUUUAUGAGUACCCAGAUUCAUAGUUGGAUAUUUGAGUGUUUUAUGUAUUAACAGGUAAAGUUUUGUGAUUUGAGAACUGAAUUGUAACAUUUAAACCAAAAAUUGCAGUGAAGAGUUUUAAAUAGCUUCUGUUUUGUCGCAAAUGUUCUCAUUUACCAUAAUUUAGUUUGAUGUAUUUAGAGCAGUACAGUGAGGAGGUCUGUGCCUGCCGAGGCUCAGCCCAAGUACUGCUGAUACUGGGAGGUAAUGCUACAUUACCAGGGUUAAUUGGCAGAAGUACUUUAUGAUAAGGAGACCGUUCCAACUACAGCUAGAGCUGGUCAUUUGGCAUGAUUUGAAAUAAAAUUUGCUGUCAACAGGCUCUUUAUACCAUUUCCAAUAUAAUGAGCUUGAAGUGCCCUUUUAACAUUAGAAGGUGCAGCACACUCCAUGUACAUGCAAUUGUUUAUUUUAUUUUAUCAAACAGGCAUUUGCUGUAAACCUUAAAAAAAUGCAUAUCAUUUGUUUUGUAGGGUGAUGCCUGAAUUUAUAAUGAAGCACUCCCUGCUGGGGGCUGAAUCGCCACAAGUUGGAGAAUUCUGGCUUUACGUUUGUCUGCGACGAUUCAGCGGUUUCCUGGCACAUGUCAUGGCUAUCGGUUUCACCAUCUUUAUGGUGAUACUUUCCCGGCCUGGGACUAGUGAGUAUCAACCAUGACUGUGGACAUGACUCGGUUAGAAAUUAGUAAAUUCUGUAAUAAUGACAAAUAGUUUUUAUUAAACCACUUAAAUACACUGAUUGUGUAGUGAGUGAAAUGGGAGUGAAUAUCAUGUAAUGUCUUUUGGAACUCCAUCAAAAUUUCAGUUAAAGCUGGCCUGCUGCUAGUCACAUACAUGCGAGGUCAAAUCCAUGUCAUGAUAUAUUAAAAGACUGUCGUUAUACUAUCCAUGAUUCUCUUACUGUCAAUUUCUAUGAUUCUCUUACUGUCAAUGUCAUGCCUAUCGAAUACUGUGUACUCUGCAUUCACAAUAAAAAUUGUCAUGGGUGGAAAAAAUACAUAUUUUCCUGAAGAUCCCUUCUACCUCCUCCAAGAUCUCGCCACUGGAUUGGAGGUACGUUAAUCCUUCUGUCUGAAGGUAUGGGUGCUGUAAUAAUUUCCAUUUCUUCUGUGUCUUUUUCCAGUCGAUUGGAAUAAUUAUUUUAUGUAUAUUUCUUGGGUUAAAGGCUUGCGACAUUAAUAUACGUCUGUAUUACUGAAAAGUACUAAUACGCAAUCUGACUUACGGUUUAUUCUUAUUUAUAUGGAUGUUCAAUAGCAGAUGGUAAUUGCUGGACUCCUGAAGGGAGAGUUACAUUGUUACAUAGCUGUACAGGAAGAAGAGCCGAGAGAGACCUAGUGUCCCUUUGUUCAGUUACUAUAUAGGUGUACCCAUACUGACGGCAGAGUAUAACUCUAGCCAUAUAAGGACAAGACCACAUUCCAGAAUUCUCAUACAAGAAAACCUUGUGACUUAUUGAUACCAUCUGUUACUUAUGUCAAUCCUGGCAUCUAUAAAUAAUCAAUAGAAACAUAGUAAAUGCAAUAUUCUACAGGUGCCCAGUGAUUUAAAAAGGCAAAACAACACUCCAACGUUUAUAAAUAACUCUGGAGUGUUCAUUUGGGUUUAAUUAUGUGUUAUUGAGAUAAGAUACAAAAAGAACAGUACAAUGACAAUGUCAAGGGACAUUGGUUAAAGGAACACUCCAAUGCCCAAAUUUUAAACUCACUGAUUAGUAGAUAUACCCCCCAACAAAAACAUUCAUGCAUUUAAUUCUGCAUUUUCUCAUUGGGAGUAUAUAUAAAAAGAGCUUGCGAAAGCCUGCAGAUCUCUUGUCUUAAGUGUUUGCAUGCCAUUCCCUACAAACCCCUCCCAGACUUUCUGUGGCUGUCCAACCACAGAUUUCCCAAUGCAGCUCAAUGAGAGGUAUUUGCAAGGCAGCUUCUAUGAGCAAUUGCCUGUCAGGAAAUAACAGGAAAUGUCUGAUUGACAACCAGGAGGCUGUAACAGGGUUAAUUUAAAAAAGUGUGAAUUUCUAUUGAAAUGUGCACCUUUUGUAAAAUGAAAAAAAAAGAGGAGCGAGCUAAAGUGCUUUAUGAGUCUGGGCUGUACCUUUAAAUUCAGAAUUAUUUAAUAAUAGCAAAAGCUUCUUCGUUGUAAAAAUAAUAGAAAAUCUGUUUAAUUUAGGGAGAGUAGAUGAUCUGUAACUGUUUUCUGUAAUCUGCAAUCAGACUUAUCAUGGAGAAGUAGUGCACAAGUAGAAGCAAGGAUGAAAAAAGGAUAAAAGGUGAGUUAAAGAGGGAUAGAGAAGGAAACAUUUGAUUUCUCUCUGAGAUAAGAGAGGUAAAGGUGUGUGUGUGAAAGGGGAGGGGGACGCCUGGUGAGUGAAACAUUGUGAAGUAGUAGAAAGGAAUGGGAUGGUGUUCAGAACCCAGUCCUCAAGUACCCCCUAACAGUCCAGGAUUUAGGGAUUACCCAGUUGUGUCUAAUGUGUUUUUGGAAAGAAAAACUUUACACACAACAGGGUAAUCCCUAAAUCCUGGACUGAUAGGGGGUACUUGAGGACUGGGUUGGGAACCCCUGCCCUAGAGGAAAAAUCAGUGAUAAUAGGAGUGGAUGGGUACUGAUCUACCCUAAGAUCUUUCCAUUUCCCAUUAGUUACAUGUGGUAUAUGAUGACAUUGUGUAGUCUGGGAACUCAGGGGCGGACAAGAAUUAGUGCCUCUAGUUGACGGAUAUUGCCUACUGCUUCCGCCCAGACCGUCAAUGAAGGCUGCAUAUGCUUUUUCUAUGAAAUUAUUUGUUUGGAUGCAUUGACUAACCAUAGAAUUACAGAGAUUUUGUGGGCUAGGAGUUGCAGCUGUAUCAGAAAGAGUUCUGUCAUCCAAUAAACAUUGUAUCACUCCGUAAAGCUCAGUCCAAAAUGGACAGAGUAUGGAAAGCAGGUCGCCAACCCCCUAUAAACAUCUCCAGCAUUUAUGUCUAAAAAGGAAUCUGUAUAUGUAAUGUGGGGUGUUUGAAAACAGUGAGUUACAGACUAAGUAAUAUUUCCCUGAGUUGUACAGAAGGAGAUCAUUUAUGAGUCAGAACUGUGUUACCCAAUUUUUGUAAUAAAUAUGUGGUCUGAAUGUAAUUAUCCAUGAAUUAGAUCCUAUCAAUUUCUCUGUUUAUACUAUUUGUAUCUUUAAAAAAAAAAAAAUCUAAAUAAAGAUUUGGCAGAGUCCCUUUAAAUGUUGACAUGCAAUGCAUGUAGUUUUAACAUCAUUUUACAAGGUAUACAUAAACAAGAGAUGGGUAAAUGGCUUUAUUUAAGCUACAACAUGUACAAGCUGUAGUAUCACUCAAAUAAACAAGGAAACAAAUUUUGCUUGCUGGCCUCUGAUGAUCUUCCAUUUCGAUAACUAAACAAAUACAGCUGUCAUUUACAAAUUAGUGUUUCCUUUUUUAGAUCCAGCAUGCUGACUUUACUCUUGACAGGUUUUACACUCUUUCGUGAACAACUUAAAGCGGCACUGUCAUGCCGAACUUACCUUUCCCCAAUAGAUUCCUCUUCUCUCACUCUGUCAGGAUCUGAUCUUCAUUUCUUCCUGUCUGCUCUAGUUUUCUUUAAAACAUGAGACAAAAUAGGGACUAUUUUGUCUUAUGGAGGAGUCCUACGCCUGACCAUCUCUGACCACCGGAGGAGCAAAGUGUGCUCUGUUUCCCGUGGUCAAAGAAAUUUUCCCACAAUUUUUACCUUUCCUCCGUGAUCUCAUAAUGCUUCCUGUCAGUAUUCCCAAACGUUCUGUCAUUUAGACAGAACGCUGGUGAACUACCGAAUUUUGUCCUAACAGAAUGAGAAAAGUUUGUUCAUUCAUGUUAGGACUCAAUUCGGGACGUUGCUCGUAUCAGAAUUUCAUUUGAAUGAACGAAAUUCCGAUCUGAUUCGUGCCGCAGUUGCAUCUUGCAGCCGCUUAGUAGAUAGCUCCCUAAUUCGCACGGUAUUAGGGAACUAUCUACAAAAAGGCUGAAAGUCCUAAAUUGGUCUUUCAGACAAAUUUACUAAUACUAAGUAAAAAUUACUUAGUAUUAGUAAAUUCUGCCCCUACUUGCUAUAUUGCGAGUAGGGGCAUGUCUAGUAAACAGUGAGCAGCCUGUGGCUGCUCACUGUUGUAAAAAAAAACCCCACAAAAAACCCUUAGUGUCUCCCUUCCCGAACCCCCACCCAUGCCGUGCGUGUGGGGUCUAUUAAACUAAAGGGGGUCCUAGCGUCCUCCUCCGGUCCCCACCCAUGAGCGGCGGGUGGGGGCCCUAAAUUAAAAUGGGGAGGGGAACCUAUUGUCCUAUUGUCUGAGGGCCGGGGGGAAAGGACAAUAGGUCCCCUCCUCCCCAUUUUCAUUUAGGGCCCCCACCCGCCACUCAUGGGUGGGGGCCUGAUGGGGGAGGACAAUAGGUCCCACCCCCCAUUUUCACUCUUGGGUGGAGGGCCAGGGGGGGGACAAUUUUCAUUUAAGGCCCCCACCCGCUGCUCAUGGAUGGGGGCUGGGGGGGGACACUAGGUCCCCCCUUCAUUUUAAUAGCCCCCACUGGCUUGGGAGAGGGUGGACAAAAGGGGGAUUAACAGUGCUCACUGUUUAGCAUACAUGCCCCUACUCGCGGCAUAGUGAGUAGGGACAUUCGGGAGAUUUUAAUCUCCAUUAUAAUAUUAUGGGGGUCAUUUUGACCCCCAUAAAGUGAGGGAGGACACGGGGGGCUUAGGAAAUGGCGGGGGGCAUUGCUCCCUGACGCUUUUAAAAAAAAAAAAAACAUAUUACAAGGAAGGAGCUGCGUGCCGGUAGCUCCCUCCUUGUAAUAAACCGAACGAACGAAGAAGUCUUCCUUCGUUUGUUUGAAAUUUCUAUUCAUUUUUACGUCUUUCUGAUGAAUGAAUGGAUGAAAUUCCCGUUCGCAUGCCCACGUUUUUAACUGGGCAUGCGCAGGAGUUUCAUAGCUCUAUCUAGUGUGGGCAGAUGACGUGACCCACAGGGACUUCAUCUACCCAUACAAAGAUGGCGGCGCCCAGAACCUAGGUCCGGGCAGAAAAUAAAGAUUAAAAAAUAAGUAAUAUGAGGGGCAUAGGGGCAUUUAGGAGUGACGAGGGGGACAAUUGGAUGUAGUGGAGUAGGGAGGGCGGUUAAAAAAACAUGGGAUUCGGCAAUGACAGUGCCGCUUUAAAGGGUCAGUCUAAGCACCAAAACUGUUUCAGCAUACUUAAGUAGUAUUGGUGUAUUGUCCUUGUCCCCUUCAGCCUUACCUCUUAAAGGGCAACUAUCAUUUGUCUUGAAAUUACACUGUUGAAUAAAGAUUAAAAAUUACAAUUAUUUAUAUAGCGCUAACAUAUUCCACAGGACCUUACAAUAGGUCAGGGGUAGGUAACCUUUGGCACUCCAGAUGCUGUGGACGGCAUCUCCCACAAUGCUCUUACAGUCAUAAUGCUGGCAAAGCAUCAUGGGAGGUGUAGUCCAAAACAUCUGCAGUGCCGAAGGCUGCCUAUCCCUGCAAUAGGUAAAUGAAAUAAAUACUAAACAAAAUAGAACAUGAUUUACAUACCAGAGCUGAAGGUUAAGAGGAUUCUGCCAAAACGAGUUUACAUUCUAAAAGGAUAAGGGAGAUAUACAUAAAGAUAAUGAAGUGACCAGUGUGUACCUGAGUGAUGGCUGGGGGUUGUUAGGUGGGAGAAAGUAAGAGUAAGGAAAUAGGGGAUGAGGAGUUCUCUAAAGUAAUGUGUUUUUAGGGAUUUUUCCAGGUCUGCAGAGAAAAGGAGAGUUUAAUCUACCAACCUCUAUGACAUUAAUCAUGUUAACCUUUUUUUGUAUUGCUGUGUUCUCUUGAAAAUGUAUAUUAAACAUUUAGCAAAUUGUAUCGCCUUCCUUUUUAGUUCAGUCAUAGCCAGGGGGCCCAUUGCAAAUGAACAGACAUAAAUUAAACAUUGUUCUGAUUUCUUUGUAUACUUCUAUGUAGUCUGCUGGGUUCAAGAAAGAACUUAUAACUUGGAGCCAAGAUGGAUGUGCCUAGUUGCACAAUAAGUGUGGAUUUCUACAUUUAAUUUUAUUUUUCACAGCUCACAAGUACAUAAUUGUUAAAUACUGGAGAGAGAAGGGGAGAAGUGAUAUUUCCCCUUUAAAACAUUCUGCAAAAAUUAGCCUUUUUUUCUGUAUGUAGGGUCAUCCUGAAAGGCAGUCAGACAUUUCUUCAGUUUUAGAGGUUUUAUCUAUAUUUUAUGUUCAUGUGGCACAGAUAAGGAUAUCUCUCCCCUCAGCAGAUUUCCGCACAUGGCGCACUUCAGAAAACUAUGAACUGAGCUGUGUGUAAACUGUUGGUGGCAGCUGUUGUGGUAUGGCUGCUUUUUGCUUAUAGAGCAGUGUUGUAUUUCCUGUGUGAUGAGUGGAAGCAAGAUCUACGAUAAGCUACUUAGUCUAUAACUUGUAGCUGGACAGGGGUUUGUGGAUUAAAACCAAACUCCAAAGACAAGAAUGAGAGGCUCCAGAUUGAUUUAUCCUCAUCUUUAUUAGGAAUUUAUCUUAGCAUAGAAUUGAAUACUGUAACAGAUGCCCUGUUUGUUGGAUUUAUCAUUUUAUUGUUGCUCUGAACUAUUUGCUACAAUCCUCUUCACCUAAACCAGCAUACGAAUUCAAACGAACAAACUGUACUCAAUUUGUUCGUUUACAAAACAUUUUACCGAAUGCUCGACCACCCAAGCCAGUCGUGUGCCGCCAAUUGACUUAUUUGACUCUGUGCCAAACCACAACCCCAACGUUCUAAGUGGUUCACUGGGUGGCCGUCGAUUCGUAUGCACAAAUAGUGGCGGCAGCCAUCUUGUUUUGUCGAACGCGUCCAGCGGGAUUUGGUCGUCGACUAUCUGGAACUAUUUUUGGACAUUCGAUCUCCCGAACACCGCUGAGACUUCCAGGACCACUUAGAUUUAUGAUAAUCCAUCCGAAGUCGGCUGCAUUCUGUAGAAAUUAUAUAUGAAUAAAGCGGCACACGACCAUCAAACGCACAAACGAUUAUGUGAACUGUUGUUCGACAUUUUAUAAUUCACGAAAGAGACCAUCCGCACCAGCUGAAUUCAUGGUACUAUUCUGGGCAGGAGCCUCGUGUGCGGCCGGGCAGAAGCUAACUCCCGAACCCCUCAACCGAUUCACAUGAUUUUUUAAUAUGUUGUUCCUCUAACUAUGGACGAUAAGAAAAUAUAUGUUUUAUGGGAUUUGGAUGUGAUUUUGGGGUAUUUCUGAAAAUGGGUAAAAAAUUGUCCUUUUUUCGUUUGGAGAUAAUUGAGUUGAUAUAGUAAUUAACUCAAUUAUCUCCCAAGCAGAGGUGAGGAAUUUUGUGUAAUGAAUGGGAGUAUUUUAUUAUGUGACUCAAUGUUUAUUGGUUGUACACUGUUUGUGCCCAGCUAGGUCCACCUGGAUGGUAACUUUUUGGGAAUAAGUGUAUAAAAGGCCAGCCCAGCCCAUUAAAGGACCACUCUAGGCACCCAGACCACUUCAGCUUAAUGAAGUGGUCUGGGUGCCAGGUCCAGCUAGGGUUAACCCAUUUUUUCAUAAACAUAGCAGUUUCACAGAAACUGCUAUGUUUAUGAAUGGGUUAAGCCUUCCCCUAUUUCCUCUAGUGGCUGUCUCAUUGACAGCCACUAGAGGCGCUUGCGUGCUGCUCACUGUGAUUUUCACAGUGAGAGCACGCCAGCGUCCAUAGGAAAGCAUUAUGAAUGCUUUCCUAUGUGACCGGCUGAAUGCGCGCGCAGCUCUUGCCGCGCGUGCGCAUUCAGCCCAGGAGGAGGAUCGGAGGAGGAGAGCUCCCCGCCCAGCGCUGGAAAAAGGUAAGUUUAACCCCUUUUCCCCUUUCCAGAGCCGGGCAGGAGGGGGACCCUGAGGGUGGGGGCACCCUCAGGGCACUAUAGUGCCAGGAAAACGAGUGUUUUCCUGGCACUAUAGUGGUCCUUUAAAGCUUCAGAUCUGCUUAACCCUCAACACUUAGCCUUGUCUCAUCCACAUUGUAGUGGUUAUGGUGUAGGAAUAUUCCUUUAACCCCUUAAGGACCAAACUUCUGGAAUAAAAGGGAAUCAGGUGAUAUCACACAUGUCAUGUGUCCUUAAGGGGUUAAAGGAACACUUUAACAUAAUUAACAUUAAUUGUUAUGUAAAAAUCUCCAUAAAAUUAAUCUGUCAUCCAGCACCGGGGGGGGAGGGGGGGGUCUUCUCAACCAAGAGGAGCCAAAUGAGAGACUACAGGAAUAGGUUGGUUGCACCAAAAACAAAAUACAGCAAUCAUGCAAACUUAAAUAUGUUUACACUCUGUUCCAAAUUAUUAUGCAAAUUCUAUUUCAGUGUCACAAAGAUUAAAUAUUUUGUUUUUCAGUUUAACUCAUGGAUGGCAUUGUGUCUCAGGGCUCUUUCACUGAAAACAAUCUCGGGCACCUGUGAUAAUUAGAUUGCCAGGUGAGCCCAAUUUAAGGAAAAAAUAUUAAUAUUAAUAUUAAGCAGAGCACCAUUUUCAUGCAAUAUGGGGAAGAAAAAGGAUCUCUCUGCUGCCGAAAAGAGUGAAAUAGUUCAAUGCUUUGGACGAGGUAUGAAAACAUUAGAUAUUUCACGAAAAUGUAAGCAUGAUCAUUGCACUAUUAAGAGAUUUGUGGCUGAUUCAGAGCACAGACGGGUUUGUGCAGAUAAAGGCACAUUGAGGAAGAUUUCUGCCAGAUCCAUGAAUCGGAUCAAGAGAGCAGCUGCUAAAAUACCAUUAUAUAGCAGCAAACAGAUAUUUGAAGCUGCUGGUGCCUCUGGAGUCCCACGGACAUCCAGGUGUAGAGUCCUCCAGAUUCUCCAUUCGGCCACCACUAACCAAUGCUCACAAGCAGAAACGGCUGCAUUGGGCAUAAAAAUACAUGAAGACUAAUUUUCAAACAUUCCUGUUCACUGAUGAGUGCCGUGCAACCCUGGAUGGUCCAGAUGGAUGGAGUAGUGGAUGGUUGGUGGACGGCCACCCUGUUCCAACAAGGCUGCGACGUCAGCAAGGCGGUGGUGGAGUCAUGUUUUGGGCCGGAAUCAUGGGAAGAGAGCUGGUCGGCCCCUUUAGGGUACCCGAAGGUGUAAAGAUGACCUCUGCAAAUUAUGUGGAGUUUCUGACUGACCACUUUCUUCCCUAGUACAGAAGGAAGAACUCCAUUCCGUAAUAAAAUCAUCUUCAUGUAUGACAAUGCACCAUCUCAUGCUGCAAAGAAUACCUCUGCAUCAAUGGCUGCUAUGGGGAUAAAAGGAGAGAAGGUCAUGGUGUGGCCUCCAUCCUCCCCUGACCUCAAUCCUAUUGAGAACCUUUGGUGCAUCCUCAAGCAAAAGAUCUAUGAGGGUGGGAGGCAGUUUACAUACAAACAGCAGCUCUGGAAGGCUAUUCUGACAUCUUGUAAACAAAUUCAAGCAGAAACUGUCAAAAAACUCACAAGCACUUGUGAAGCUGCUAUCAAAUAAGGGGUCCUAUGUUAAAAUGUAACGUGACCUGUUAAAAUGUUUAAAAAGUUAAAAUGUUGUUAUAAGUUUGAUUGAAAUACCUUUUGAUUUCAGUAAAUAUGCUGCAAACACAACAAAUGACAAUUUUCAGUUCUUUACAACCUGUAAAGUGUUUUGAAACUUACUGUGCGUAAUAAUUUGGAACAGUGCAUUGUAAGUUUUUUAUGUUUUUAAAAAAAAUACUGUUAUUAGGAGGUUUGUUCAAUAAAAUUUGAAUUGUACUCUUAAUAGUUGAUAACGUGAGAAUUAUGCUGACUGUUAUUUACAUCAAUUAUUUAGGUAAAUGAGAAAAAUAUAAUUUGCAUAAUAAUUUGGAACAGGGUGUAAUAUCAAUAAGUGACAUACACAUAUAAAAUAUUGCAUCAAUAGGAGCCUUUCCCCCUUUGUCUUAUUUUACAAAAGUGUAAAUUUAAAAAGAAGUUUGCACUUUUAUAAAAACCCCUUGGGUGCAGCAGCAGAAACGAGAUCUUCACUGGCUUCAAUGCUUCUAUACAAGAAACAUUGCAGGUAGAUUGCAGCAAUUGUCAUCCAUGCACCCUGUGUCCCAAUGCUUCACGAUGAGGAGCACAGAUGUUCACUGCUAGAUUAAAGGUAAGUAAUAAAAUUAAAAUGCCUUAAAUAAAAUAAAAAUGGAACAUACCAACAUUUCAAGUGUUCCUUAAAGACAGAAGUUAGACACACAUCUGCUGUGACAACCUUUUCUUCUCAUCACAGGCUAUGAGCAGUGGAUUCAGGCUAGCCAAAGUUUAUCUUUGCCAUCCAGAGUUAGAUGGCCUUGGACAGAAUAUGCAAAAAUGCAACUAAUACAUAAUUCAAUCCUCUGCUAAAGGGCCAAACUUUUAUUGCCAGAGAAAGCCCUGAUUUUUACCAAAAGAUUCUGUGUGACAGAAAACCUUGGGAAAGCAUCCAAAGGCUCAUAGUACCUGUGCCCUUAAAAGUUUUAGAAGUUAGUGUUUAUAGUUACCAUUUUUAGCACUCCAUAUUUCAUAUAUUGAAAAAUCCAUGUUAUUACUAUUAGUGUAUUCAUUGACAGCAGAUUAAAAUAGCUGUAAAUCACAUUCACAAGUAUUUGCACAAUAACCGCUUUUGUACUCAAUUUGUCUUUUUUUUUUUUUUUUAGUUCUCCUGGUUUUGUUCUCCUGUUUCCAUUACAUUUUAAAAGCACUUGUUUUUUUUAAUUUAAAUAAGUGUUCAGUGGUUAGUCUGCUAAGACGCAUUACAAUAAAAUUAGGUACCCUACACAGUAACACAAGUGUUCCCAUGAACAUACAGAAGUACAAUGAUGACCUAAAAGGUUUUUGUUUUGAGGGUACCUAACAUUUCUCCUAUUUAUGUUGUUCUGGUGAACAAUAUGCACAUUUAAUGCUUUCAGCAUAGCUCAGUGGCACAUUUUUAGAGACACUUAGAUUGAGGGUUUAAUUUGUUAAAUUCCGGGUCUUAGGAAUGUUUUUGUGAAAUUUUUUUACUUAAAAGGACACCAUAGGCAGCACCUUACCCACUCCAGAUGAUUGGAGUGGUUAUGGUGCCUGGAGUCUGUGGUCGAUGCAUCAGUGUUAAGUAGGUACUCACUAUUUAGCAGAGAUCUUCAGUCUCCAGGAGCCUGGACCCCUAUGACAAUAUAUCAGAAGCCGAGCUGUGUUUCCAUCUUGUGCCAUGCCAGGGGUACCAGGCUAUGAUAUAUAUACAUAAAGGGCUUGCAGACAAUCACUGCCACACUGCUUGAUAUGGUGGGAGAUGGAGCAUAGCUCUCUUCCACUAUAUUGUCAUUGGGACACCAUAACCAAUUCAAUCCACUGAAGGGUAAUGGCGCCUACAGAGUUCAUGUUUUUGUGCCCGCACAAUGACCCUGCUGCUUUUGGCCAGCUUGAAUCCCUCUUGAUUUCACUGGUGAUUCAAAAUGUAAUUUCUUGACUGUUGCCAUAUACUUAACAUAUUACUUAAUAAAUCAAAUUAUCAGGAGGCAAGGGACAUUUCUGACUUCUUAUUGAGUCUGGAAGAAGUGCUGUAAAAUUGACUUGGAUUAAUAUUUGAGCUGAUAAUUGUCUAUGAUCCAGCUAUCAUUAUCUUUGAAAUGAACCUGGUACUAUUCACGUAUGCAGACUCAAUGUGAGAUGAACAAAUUGUGAGGUACACAACCCCUGUAUUAUGCAUAAAUAAAACUGGUAUAUGCAUUGCCUCAGAUAUUUCCAAAGCAGGAACCCUGUAUUUAAUAUUGUUUUUACUGUGCAGGUCUCUUCUCAUGGCAUCCUGUCUUCAUGGCCACCGCAGUGAGUACUCAAUAUAGUUUAAUUAGAGAACAUAUUCUUACAUUUUUUUCACUCUGAUCUACCCUCUCUUUUGCACCCUUUACCUAAUUUUUCACACCUGUCCCAAAUUCUAAACUCUUAAUUGUCUUUCUGUCCUUACCCUCUUUUAAUUUUCAAACCAUCAUUUCAUUGGUUUUUGUACCCCUACAGAUUUGCUUAUGUUAAUAUUUAAAAAUCUCAUUUCUGUUUACAGUUUUGCCUGUGUAUGACUGAAGGCGUACUACUGUUGUCUCCUGAUACUUCUCCUUUCUGCCCCCUCUCCCGAACGUCCAAGACCCGACUGCAUUGGUUGGCACAAUUAUUUGUGUUUGUGUAUGCAAGUGUUGGCCUGACUUUCAUUAUCUGGAGCAAGAACCGUAGUGAGCAACCACACUUUACCUCUUGGCACAGCAUUUUGGGCAUUAUCACAAUUGCUGCCACAUCCUGCCAGGCUUUCUGGGGCUUUGCAUUGUUGUGUCCCCGCCUGGUCCGUGUCACUGCAGUAUCUCGCCUUAAACUAUACCAUGCCACAUGUGGCCUAAUAGUGUAUCUAUUAUCUACUGGUACUGUCUUAUUUGGCUUGUGUUCAGACUGGUUUCAGGCACAAGUUAAGGGACCUGUGUGGUAUGUCUGCCUUUGCGUUCCUCUUUACCCUGCUCUGAUCAUUAUGAACCAGGUAAUAGACAUUUACCUGCCAAAAAGGAAAGGACAGAUGUGACAGAAUGCAAUUUUACCAAGAGCUGCCCAGAAGAAGAACAUCUACAUGCUGGCACUGAGCAGAAAGUAAUUGUUUUUAAGAACUUUAUCACUUUACAUUUUUAUGUAUGCAUGUACACUUAUGGUGCAUACAUGAACAUAUUGCAGUCUUGCACUUUUUGAACUGUGGAAUUAAAACUUAAACAAGCUAACAGAUAAAUUUUAAACAACUAAAAACGAGGACAUUCGGGGCAGUGUGCAUAUAUCUGCACCAAUUUCAUCAACCUCUGCUUAUUUUUGUGCUCCUUUCUAUUUUUUGGGUGAAAUGUGUAGGUUACCUUAUGGUAUCCUACAUACAGUUCCCAUUUCCUUCUGAAAGUUUAUUACAGUUUUAUAGAUUUUUGUUUGUGUGUGGUUUGUUUAUUUUAUGCAGUCAUGUCCUGCCAUCUGGCCAAGGAUGACUGGAUUCCUCAAAGGAUGGCUGUAUCAUCACCCAUUUAUCUUGAAAUGUUAAACACCAGCAUUAUCCAUUUACUUCCAGCCUAGGCCAUGGAUGGAUUUCUUACUAGACAUAGUUUCCUCAGGGAUAGGCAUCCAACACAGAUGAAAUAAAAUCAAGCCUAAUAUUUAUCUGUGUCACUGUGAAAUGUUACAGAGCUAGUGUGUUUCUUUGUGAUGUGUAUAUAUUUUUCAUGGUGGAUUGAAAUUGACUUCCUUCUUGAACAGACUUGUUCUUUAAGCACUUAUGAAUUCAGAUUUGAAAAAGCAAAUCAUGCCUUGGCACGACGCUAACUGCACAAAUGUAUUUUAUUCUUUUUUUCAAUCAUUUUAUAUGGACUUGCAAUUAUUAAAAGCAAGGAAAAAAAAUUUGGGGCCUAUUUUACAAUACUGAGCAUUACUGAUCAAGCGUGUUUCUACGAAUGUAUGUAUGGAAAUUAAUUUUAUAGCACUGACAAAAUACAUAUCAAGGAAUAGCGCUCAUAAAAAAGUUUUUAAUUUUACAAGGCUACUUUAAAUCACUUAUCCCAGCAAUCAAAUAUGGCCAUAUUGCGUUAAGCCCACCACUACGCCACAGUACAACCGUAUCAGUGGGUCCUACACUAAUUUUAACAUGGGAGAUAAAUUUAAAUGUCUUCCUUAAUCUAUAUUUUGUAUAAAUUCUGGUCUUUACGGCAGCACCACUGCUGAGAAAUCUGGAUGUGCCCCCAAUUCACCCCAAUUUUUUACCAAUUCUUUGUUAAUAUAACUGAAAAUAUUAGAGCACAUGUAUGACCUUCAUGUACAUUAUAUUGUAAUGGAUAUAUACGGUAAAAGCUCUUUCCCCCGAAUUUCCUGGCUUUCUAGCUCAUGAUUACCUGCAGGGUGUUUGGCCUGAUAAGCCAGAGAAUGCACUAAAAUACGUAUGCAUUACAAAAUAAUGCACACAGAGGCUGUAGUACAUGUAAGCGUUAUUUUAAAUAAUAAUGAUAUACAUUUAUAAUACUUUUUCUUUAAGAAGCCAUAAUGUUUGGCUUCUGGAGACGCUGUUUGGGAUAUUCUCUAAAUAAAGUGUCUUGUAAAAUUGCUAUGCAUUCAUCAGCAUUUAUCAUGAUUUAUGGUAUGAAAGAUGACAGAAAAUAAUUCAGCACAAAUAAAGUUAUUUUUGAAAGCAAUAAAAUAAAAUAUCAAUUGAUAUUAAAUGAAUGUCCCUAAAGUCACUUUACAUUGUCUAUUGCAUUCAAGGCACUCCCUUAUUUAUCAGCAGUGUGUGCAUUUGUUGAGUAAAUGAUUGGAACAUGAGCAUUUAUACAGUAUAUUAAGGCACACUGUAUAUGUUGUGGCACCAAAGCACAUAUAUAUGUAUGCGCAAUAUGUGGCAGCUCUGUUUAACUGUACAAGUUGAGGGAUUAGAACUUUACUGUAUUCAUUGUCUGUUACAUGGAUAUUUGAUAUUUAUUUAGAUCUGUCAUGGUUCUUAUUUAUCAUGUCUUUGUGAGUGAUUCUGUGUUAUCUUGACAAUAAACUUGUCUUUGUGAAACAUCUGCCUAUCCGAGCAUAAAA